AAAAGAGGGAAAAAAAAAAAAAAACCGGAUAAGUCGCGCGUUUGUCUGCAACUGUAUCCUGUCCACAACUACGUCGCCGGGAAAAACACCGCUGCAAAGUAAAACGGGUCUUAUGUGCCGUAAUGGAUAUACUUGGCAGCACUGCGCAAGUUAGCACCAGGCCUUUCGUUUCCUCGCCUUUGCAACGCUGUCCCUCUCCAAUUUCCCUCGCGAAAGGCACUAAGUACGCGAAAGUGAGGUGCGCAUCGUACCUCCCUAAAUGGCUCGAGAGUAGGCGAUUGGUCUCCAUCUCUCUCGUUCUCUCGCCUUUGUUCCUUAUCCCGGACAAUGCUAUUGCUGGAAGCUUUUUUGACAAGUACGUGAAAAGGAAAAAACUUGAUCCGCUUGAGGCUUAUGUGCCUGCUAUUAUAUUGACUCAGAUAGAGAUUAAGGACCUAGAGAAAACCCUAGAGCUUGAUCAACCUCAAUUUGCUACCUGCCGAUCGCUAUUACGUUCCGGACCAUUCGCAUCCUUCCGUGUAAACAUUCGUGCUGUAGCACAAUAUGCAUCAGAUGCUGGAAAAGGUAGCACUCCAAACAAUGAUGUUGAUCAAUGUCUCAGAGCCUUGGAAGAGCUUGAUUCGUUACUGCUGCAUGCGUCCAGAAAUGAUCCAGAAGCAUCAGUCAAUGAAAUGAAGGCAAAGAUUGGUGUCGCAGUCAAUGCACUGGACAGCCUUCUCAAAACUGUCCCGUCUGACAUUUUUGAUAAAGGGAGGGCUGCGGCCGAUGCCUACAGAACCCUGGAAGAAGAUACAAAUCCUGAAAUCUUAGAUCCAGAAUUGAAGCAGCUAGAAUCAAUAUUAUGAAUUUAUGUAACUUACAAUAUCUCUUGAUCAUUUUAAAUUUGAGAAUCUUCUCUCUUGUAGUAUGAUCAAUCUCAAGGCACAUAUCAAAAAUACGUAAUAUGUGAUUGUGUCCUGCUGAGUGAUAGCAAUCAACUAAUGUAUCAUGAACUUCUUUAAAAAAGAUUAGGGAAAACUGUAGUUAUGAAAG